CAACUCAAGUCUCCUCGAAGCGGCUCAUAUCAUAUUCAAAAUUUCGGUUCUUCCAGAUAAUUUCUUAUGCUCUGAGCCUCUCUCGUUCUCAGACUCGGACUCUCAAGAGUGCAUCCAAAAGCUUAGAUAAGCGGAAAUAAACUAGAGAUCGUGAAGAAGAUCGCCACCACUAUGAAAGCCGAAGACAUGAACCAGUUGCAGUUGGUUGAGCGAGAGGAAAUUGACGACGAAGAGGAACUGUUCGAAGCGAUCGAUAAGCUGAUAUCUCAAGGAAUCAAUUCGGGAGAUGUGAAGAAGCUGCAAGAUGCAGGGAUCUACACCUGCAAUGGCCUGAUGAUGCAUACAAAGAAGCACUUGACCGGGAUCAAGGGCUUGUCUGAGGCUAAGGUUGAUAAGAUAUGUGAAGCUGCAGAAAAGAUAGUGAAUUUUGGUUAUAUGACUGGCAGUGACGCUCUAAUCAGACGUAAGGCAGUUAUCCGCAUCACAACUGGAAGCCAAGCACUUGAUGAACUGUUGGGAGGUGGUGUGGAAACUUCGUGCAUCACAGAAGCCUUUGGAGAGUUCAGGUCUGGGAAGACGCAGCUUGCUCAUACACUCUGUGUGUCCACUCAGCUACCCACCAACAUGAAUGGAGGGAAUGGCAAAGUUGCUUACAUUGAUACUGAAGGGACUUUCCGCCCUGAUAGAAUAGUUCCAAUUGCGGAAAGAUUUGGCAUGGAUCCAGGGGCCGUGCUUGAUAAUAUCAUUUAUGCUCGGGCAUAUACUUACGAGCACCAGUACAAUCUGCUCCUUGGUCUGGCAGCAAAAAUGUCUGAAGAACCAUUCAGACUUUUGGUUGUGGACUCUGUGAUUGCUCUUUUCCGAGUGGAUUUCACAGGCAGAGGGGAACUUGCUGAACGACAGCAAAAGCUGGCGCAGAUGCUAUCCAGAUUGACCAAGAUAGCUGAGGAAUUCAAUGUAGCAGUGUAUAUGACCAACCAAGUGAUUGCUGACCCUGGAGGUGGAGUAUUCAUAUCAGACCCCAAGAAACCAGCAGGAGGGCACGUGCUGGCACAUGCUGCCACAAUCAGGUUGAUGUUCAGGAAAGGCAAAGGCGAGCAACGUGUCUGCAAGGUGUUUGACGCCCCCAAUCUUCCCGAGGCUGAAGCAGUAUUUCAGAUAACACCAGGAGGUAUUGCAGAUGCGAAGGACUAAAACCAACCAGAUUAUCUACUUAAUCACGCAGAGAACUAGUAACGUUUGUUUCACAUUCUCCAGCAUUUAACUAGCUGCUCGGCUUGUUUAAUUUGUUAC